AUGUCUUCGGAUUCUGGGAUUAAAAAAUAUUAUUUAAAGCGUAAUAAUUGGGUGGAGAGUUUAAGAAGCGGGGUAGUUAAUGAUCGGUACAAAAAAUUAGAAGACGGUUGGGAUGAUACUAAUAUUAUAAAACAUCCUCGUGAAAAAAAGUGGCAAAUAACAAUGAACGGAGGCUACACGGUAGACAGUAUCGAUGGAAAAAUAAUAGAAUCUAACUCGCGUCGUAAAUCCACCUCCCGUUUGUCUCUUUGCAGUAAGAAUUUAAAGAGAAAUAAUAAUAAACGGCAUUACAAGUCUUCCGGUAAUGUUAUCGAAUGGGAAAAAUUAUUGGAAAUGGCAUCGGCGAGAAAACUUGCUAAAAAUAAACGUUUAUUUAAUAAUCCGCUUCAGGCUAUGAGUGAAACUUGUUUAUUAAAAGACUUGACAUUGCUUCUUGAGGAUAAAGUGUCACAACACGAUCAGGCAAGAAGUGAAAAACAUUUAGCUGAAGAACAAUCGUGGCUUGCAUCGGAACACGUGUGGCUUUUGCAUCGAGGUGGAUUUACAUUAGCAACAAGAUCAGAAGCCUCGGCUGAUCCCGAUACGGGUAAAUUGAGAAUAAAACUUGUUCCCGGUGGUGAAGAACUUCUUGUAGACGAAGAAGAUGUGGAGAAGGCAAAUCCACCUCAGUUUGACAUGGUCGAAGAGCUCUCUCAACUGCGAUUUCUCAAUGAAUCUUCAGUACUGCACACGCUGAGACAGAGAUACGCAAAUAAUCUUAUUCAUACCUACGCUGGCGACAGCAUGGUAGUGAUUAAUCCUGUCGCGCCCCUGGCAAUCUACUCGGAAAAGGUAGUGCAUAUGUUCAAAGGCUGCAAAAAUGAAGAUAUGCCACCGCAUAUAUACGCAAUGGCACAAUCCGCCUACAGAGGAAUGCUUGCGACAAGAAGAGAUCAUUCACUCGUUUUUCUAGGUCGCAGCGGAGCUGGAAAAACAACAAACUUCAAACACGCCUUGCACUAUCUUAUUCUAGCUGCGGGGACUGUUAAUAAAGUAUUUAUUUAUUCAUUUUUGUUACAAUAA